AUGAACGAAUACGGCAACGUGGUCGCUUUCGCAAACUACAUGGGGGCUCAGAGCCGCUCUCUCCCCGAGCUAGAAGAGGUCGAAUUCUUGACCCCGCGGGUGAUACGGGUGUUGGGUGGGAAUCCAGGCGUCAUGCACCUGCAAGGAACCAAUACUUAUAUCCUCGGGAGUGGACCGGAACGUCUGUUGAUUGACAGCGGACAGGGCUGUAUAUCGUGGUCAACAUUGAUAGCGUCUUUGACGGAACAGCAUAGCUUCAGAAUUUGCAAAGUACUUUUGACCCAUUGGCACUUGGAUCACACUGGUGGCGUCCAGGAUCUCAUCCAGCAGGAUCCGCAAUUAAACGGCGCUAUCUACAAAAACAAUCCCGACACCGACCAGCAGCCAAUUUACGACGGACAGGUUUUUGCCGUGGAAGGGGCCACAGUGCGCGCUGUUUUCACACCUGGUCAUUCCAACGACCAUAUGUGCUUUCUUUUGGAAGAAGAAAAUGCGAUUUUUACCGGUGACACCAUCCUGGGCCACGGAACAACUGUGGUGGAGGAUCUGUGGGAAUACAUGCACAGUCUGCUCAAACUGGAAACGUUCGGUUCGCAUGUUGGGUACCCAGGCCAUGGGGCAGUGAUUCCAAAACUGCAGCUCAAGUUGCAGCAGGAACUCACACAGAGGAAACGCCGCGAAAAACAAAUCAUCGCUUCAUUGGAAGCCAUUGGGAGGCGACGGGGGGAUAAAGGAUCCGCGACCGAAACGGAGAUCGUCACCGCGAUAUUUGGCACUCGACUCCCCACAAACGUUUCCGAUCACCUCAGACCACAGAUCAGAGAGAUUCUCAUGAAAAUGGCUCGCGAGAAACGGAUGGGCUUUCGAUAUCAGGGGGGACAGAAGCAUUGGUUCAAUUGCAUUGCUUGUCGUUGA